GCGAGGUCCAGGCCAUCGAAGGUGAAUGCUGGCACCGCAUCCAUAGCUCGAUAUCCCAACGAGGACAUCUUCUCGCUGGAUGUAGAAUGCCUGGCUAUCGGGCGAACCCAUGAGAAAGGCGAUCGUGCUCCCUGUUCCUAUGCUCUGGUGGAUGGUUCUGGCUGCCUUUUGAAGCGGACCCUGAUCCAGCCUCCACGAGAGGUCGUCAGCUAUCUCACGCCAUUUACUGGUCUCCGGGAAGGCGACAUCACAGCCCAGAACGCUCUGCGCACCGAGCCUCGAGCGCGCAGUUCGCGAACUCCGCGAGGUGCUACCACGAAGGGCAAUCUUGGUGGGCCAGGAACCCCUGGGGGACGUCGAAUGGAUGCAGCUCCGGGAGGGCCAG